AUGGAUUACAAGAUGCACGCCAAAUCCAACGAUUUGCUGGAUUUCCAAAAACUGGAUGCCCUUCUGGAAAAGAUUGCUCAUUCAGUCUCUGUGAAAAGAGAGUCCAGCGACGAGUGCAAUGGGAUCAGUGGUGCUCUGUCAGUGGAGUCUGUGCCGGGGCCAAGAUUGAACUGGUGCACUGCCAACAGCGCUCCCCCUGCCCCCGCACUGGGGCCAGAGCCCAUGCCCAACCCUGUCAGAAUGGGGGACGGCUUGGACGCAGCGCAGAUGUCGGGCAGCAGCGGCGGCGGCCAGGGGCAGCCCCAGAUCGUCGGUAACCCCCCGCCCCCGGAAUACAUCAACCUUGACAGGCCCAAGCGCCAGACCAAUCAGCUGCAGUACCUACUCAAGGUGGUGGUCAAGUCCCUGUGGAAGCACCAGUUUGCCUGGCCCUUCCAUUCACCAGUGGAUUCCGUCAAACUCAAUCUUCCUGACUACUACACGAUAAUAAAAACUCCUAUGGACAUGGGAACAAUCAAGAAAAGGCUUGAAAACAGCUACUACUGGAAUGCCCAAGAAUGUAUCCAAGACUUCAACAAGAUGUUUACCAACUGCUACAUGUACAAUAAGCCUUCAGAUGACAUAGUCUUAAUGGCUAAAGCGCUAGAGAAGGCUUUCCUCCAAAAGGUCGGCGACAUGCCUCAGGAAGAAAUUGAGAUUGCCGUCAUGACAGGGAAGGGCCGGGGCCGAGGUCGGCGAGACGCUGGCCUCAACUUGAAACCGGGGGCUAUAAUCGACCCUUCGUCCACGACUCCUCAAACGCGGGGCUUGUCGAACCUCUCGGCGACGCCUCAGACCAGAGGACUGGCGCAGGGCCCGCCUUCACUACCUCCUCAGCCUUUAAUGCAGGCCCUCCCGUCCCACGUUCCCCCGACGAUACCGGGCCACCUCGGAGCGCCCUACUCGUUGGGCCAAUUGGAUUGCACUCUUCAAGUUCCCAUGAUGACCUCCGUGCCUCCCCCUGCUCAGACCUCCCUUCCCCCAACGUCGAUUCAGAGCACUGCCCCCAUGCUGCAAAACCCUAUCACCAUGACCAAACAAAGAAAGAGCCAGAAAAGGAAAGCAGACACUACAACCCCUACGGCGAACGACCAGCUCAGCGAGUCUUCCCCUGCCGAGUCCAAGUCGGGGAAGACGCUGCCCAGGCGGGAGAGCACCCGCCCCACCAAAGUGAUCAAAAAAGAAGCGCCGGACUCGCAGCAUCAAGUAGCCAUGGGCUUGGGACUGAGCGGGCCAAGUAGCGGCCACAGCCCCAUCCCGCAAGAUCAACUAGGAUACUGUUCCAGUCUGGUUCGGGAGAUGUUAUCCAAGAAACACACCACGUACGCCUGGCCCUUCUACAAGCCCGUAGACGUGGCUGCGCUAGGCCUGCACGAUUAUCACGACAUCAUCAAGCAUCCUAUGGACCUAAGCACCAUUAAGGCAAAACUGGAGAACAGGCAAUACAGAGAUCCCCAGGAAUUUGCCGCCGAUGUGCGGUUAAUGUUUUCCAACUGCUAUAAGUAUAACCCACCUGACCACGAGGUGGUGGGUAUGGCACGCAAGCUGCAGGACGUAUUUGAGAUGCGCUUCGCCAAGAUGCCCGACGAGCCCGAGACUAAGGUGGUGGCCUCUGUCCAGGCUCCUCCGCUUCACCAUCCCGCCCCUGUUAAACCCCAGCCUCCCGUGGCUCACGUGGCCUCCUCUUCUGACAGCUCCAGCGACUCCUCCUCCGAGUCCGAGUCGUCCACAGACGACUCCGAGGAGGAGCGAGCUCAGCGCUUGGCGGAGCUCCAGGAACAGCUGAAAGCUGUCCACGAGCAGCUGGCGGCCCUUUCCCAGCCUCAAGCCAGCAAACCAAAGAAAAAAGAGAAGGAAAAGAAGGAGAAGAAGAAAGACAAACACAAGAGGAAAAUCGGCAUGCCCAGCCUCGUCGAGGAGAUACACGACGCGGCGCCCGUUUCCCAGCUUUCGAAAAGGACCAAGACCAGUACGAAUAACAACAAAGAGCUUCCCAAGAAGAAAUCCAGUAAAAAAGAGGCAACGAAAAGCAGCCAACCACCCAGCCUUCCGCCUGUUCUCACCCUGGAAGACGACAUUACGGCUUCAUCGGCGGAAAAGUGCAAGCCCAUGACGUACGAAGAGAAAAGGCAACUAAGUCUGGACAUCAACAAGCUUCCCGGUGACAAACUGGGCCGAGUAGUCCACAUCAUUCAGUCCAGAGAGCCCUCGCUGAAAAACUCCAACCCGGACGAAAUCGAGAUCGACUUUGAAACGCUUAAACCUUCCACGCUGCGAGAGCUGGAGCGAUACGUAUCCACGUGCCUUCGCAAGAAAAAGAAAGCUGAGAAGACGACAGAGUCCACGGUUUCCAGCAAGAAGUUGGAAACCACUUCAGACAGCAGCGGCUCCACUUCAGAUAGUGAAAGUGAGGCUCCAGGUGAGUCAAGGACGAUCAAACCACAAAAGAAGAAGGUCCAAUCCGUGAAGGAGGGGAAAAAGACGCAUCCUCACGUCCAGGGUGCCCCCGCUCAACCGACGCAUCAACCCCAGGCGGCAUCUUUUCAGCCUCAAAUGAAGCAGCACCAGGCCCCCCCUGUGGACUAUAUGGCUCCUCCCGUCGCCGCCCUUGAGUCUUCCCACAUGCUGGAGAACAGCUUCGAGUCCUUGCCGUCGUUCGGCCAGCCCCUCUUGCAUCUUCCCCACCACCACGCGGGGAAUUCCUCGUCCCCUGCGCCGCCUCAGCUUAGCGCCAACCCCGCCGGGCCGGUGUCCCCCGAGACGCACCCUUUCCUCAAUCAACAUCCUAUUCUCCCCUCUCCAGCCUUACACAGUUCCAUGCCUCAGCAGCCGUCUCGACCCAGUCACAAGGCAGCGCCUCUUCAUCCCAAACUCUCCCAGCAGCAGCAGCAGCAGCAUCCGGUGCCUCCCCAGCAGCCGCAAGUGCUGCAGCAGCAACACCCAGCGCAGCAUCCGCCCCAGUCGGCGCCACCUCCGCAUCAGCUUCCCCCGCAGAUCCUUCACCCGCCCCAGCCCAUGCACCAGAGGCCCCUUUCCCCGCCGACGCUGACUCCCCAGGGCCUGCUGUCUUCCCAGCCUCCCCAGGUGCUACUGGAAGACGACGAGGAGGCGGCCUCGGCGCCGCCCCUCAACCAAGUGCAAUUGUACCUGCAGCAGUUCCAACAACAAGCCCGACAGCCCCAACAGUCCAUGCAGUCGCUCCAAGCGCAAGCCCGUCAGCAGCAGCAGCAGCAAGCGGGCCAGUCAUCUCUGCUGCAGUCGGUCCAGGGCCAAGCUCCACUCUCCUCCCAGCCCCCUCAGCUUCCGCUUCAGUCUCAGGCUCCGGUAGCCCCUCCCCAGCCGAUGAGCCGCCACCUGCAGCCGCCGCCUCCGCAGCCGCUCAGCUACCAGCAGGUUUCCACGCUGAUCGCUCAGCCUCAGGGGCCCCCGCACAAGGUGGCCGUGCCCAGCAGUAAAGCACAGCAGACCAUCCAGGCCCCGGAACAGCUAUCCCCUCGGCCGCCCAAGCCGGACCUUUUCAUGGCGGGUCACAUGAGGGAUAACCCAUCUCCUCUUAUGAUGCAUUCCCCACAACUUCCUCAGUACCCGCCUGUGUCCCACCAGUCUCCGCCUCAUAAUAUGCAGCCCAAAAAGCAAAGGGCCCCAGGCAAUCAAGGAGUGCUCAAAGAGGAGAAACUUCCUCCUUCGCCGGUGAUGAGAGGAGAGCCAUUCAACCCCGCCGUAAGGCCCGAACACCACAAGCAUCCCGACAGCAAACCCGCUCAACCGACCCUCAGCCAACAGAGGUUAGAUGUGAAGUCCAUGGACAGCUCUCGGCCUGUCAUCCGCUCCUCAGAGCCCAGCGGACCGCCGCCCCCCCUGCAGGACAAGGAAAAGUUCAAGCAGGAGUCCAAGGCACCCACUGCACCCAAAAAGGUCCAGGAUGUGAAACUGAAGAAUAUGGGCUCGUGGGCCAGCCUGGCCCAGAAGUCCACGUCGACGCCGAUGUCGGCCGUCAAGUCGUCGAGCGACAGCUUCGAGCAGUUCCGCCGGGCCGCCCGCGAAAAAGAGGAGCGGGAGAAGGCGCUCAAGGCACAGGCCGAGCAGGCCGAGAAAGAUCGCGUGCGGAGGGAGCAGGACAAACAUCGAAGUCGGGACGACGACGAUAUCCUUGAGACGAGCAGGAGGGCGCACGAGGAGCCGCGCCGACGUCUGGAAGCGCCGCCGACGCAGCAGCACAUGCAAGCGCCCCCUCCGCAGCCCGAGCCUCAGCCGGCCCCCAUCCAGACGCCCCCUCCGCAGCCUCAGCCGCCCCCGCAGCCUCCCACGCCGCCUCAGCCCGCCGCCGUGCAGAGUCCGCUGGACCAGCAGAGGGAUAUGGCGCGACGGCGGGAGCAAGAGCGCAGACGGCGAGAAGCGAUGGCAGCGACGAUCGACAUGAAUUUCCAAAGCGAAUUAAUGGCGAUCUUUGAGGAAAACAUCUUUUGA